CAAUCCUGACGCGCCGCAUUGAAAUUACGAUCGAUAGCUAUAUUCUUUCAACAGCUGUAUUCCUCGACUUUGUUCAUCAAACAUCAACAUCAUGACGGAAUCACAGUACAAGCAAGACUAUGAAGAUGCCAAAGCAGCCAUAGAUGCUGGCGACCCCACCGCAUGCGACAAGCUACUCACCGACACCGAACUACCUCGCUACUACCGCAUCAAAACCCUCGUACUGCUAGCUUCAGCAAGCAAACAGUGGCGCCAAAAAGAGGACCUACGCCUCCGUGCCGAGCACAUAUGGUCCGAAUCUCGCACCUUGCAUCCCACUGGCCAAAACACCACCACAGAUUCCGUCCUCUCCGAACUACGCGACCUUCUAAACACCCUCAAAACCUCACAAGCGUCCACCGCACCAUCGUCGAGUUAUGAGGAUGAGCUAUCAACUGCCCUGGCGGAAACGGAGAUUGAGGAUUUAGCCGAUAUCGCUGAUGGUGAGAUGGAGGAAUUGGCUGAUGAGGAGUAUGCCCGUGAUCAAUGUGCUCCCAACGUGGAGGCUGUUAUUGGCACUGCUCAUGCUAAGACUGCUGUUACUGCUGAGGGAGAUGGAGAGGUUGCUGGGGGGAAGGUGCACAGUUCGUCGCCGAACUCGUCUUUUGCGCCGGCUUCGUCACUUGAGGCUUCGAAGGAGAUCUUAGGGCAUGUCAGGGAUGGCCAGAGUGCCGGGGCAAGCAUGGUGCACCGUACAAGAGGUGUCAGUAGACGCUCGAGCUAGAAGGAGCACCACGUCUGCCCUCUCUCUCACUGGCCACGACUUUAGGUCUGAAAAUCAUAGUGCAUUUUGGCAGGUACCAGCAUGUUGGGGCGUUGCACUCUGGAGGAAGGCAAUACUUGAAGAUACGCAACAGUCCAAUUUCAUGCCAUUCUACAAC